CCUCCUCCCCUUUUGGGAAAAGGAAAGUGAAGAGUGAGUAGGCUCUGAGGAUGAUAACUUAGUGCAGAGCAGGGAGAGGGCAGCCAGUCCUUUCUCUCCCAGGCUCUGCCAAGUGCCCCCAUUGCAGAAGUGCUCAGGUCUGUCCUGUGUGUUUGGUGUGUUUGGGAAGGAGAACAGGAGAGAUGGCACAGGACACUGAAGGCAUCAGGGUUGCGCCCCAGGUGCCGAAGAAAGAGGAGAAGGAGAGGAAGAAGAGGAGGCGAAGAAAGAGGAAGAAGAAGGAGAGCAAGACACGGACUGUGCGCUCUAACCUGCUGCUACCUGGGCCUGAGACAGAGAAGCCCCAAAGGAUCCCCCUGGCCAACAAUCGCCUCAAGACCACCAAGUACACAGCUCUGUCCUUCCUGCCCAAGAACCUCUUUGAGCAGUUUCACCGCCUGGCCAAUGUCUACUUUGUCUUCAUCGCACUGCUCAACUUCGUGCCGUCGGUGAACGCUUUCCAGCCCGAGCUGGCCUUGGCCCCUGUGCUCUUCAUCCUGGCUGUCACUGCCAUCAAGGAUCUGUGGGAGGAUUACAGCCGCUACCGCUCUGACAAUGAGAUUAACCACAUGGAGUGUCUGGUCUACUGCAGGAAUGAAAAGAAAUAUAUGAACAGAUAUUGGAAAGAAGUAGAAGUUGGCGACUUUGUUCAGCUUCGUUGUAAUGAAAUCAUACCUGCUGACAUAUUGCUGCUCUCUUCAAGUGACCCCGAUGGGCUGUGUCAUAUAGAAACUGCUAACCUGGAUGGGGAGACCAAUUUAAAACAAAGACAGGUAGUGAGGAGAUUCUUAGAGUUGGACUCUGAAUUUGACCCCCUGAAGUUCACCAGUGUCAUUGAAUGUGAGAAGCCAAACAAUGACUUAAGUAGGUUUCGAGGUUACAUUGUACAUACAAGUGGGAAAAAGGAUGCACUAUAUAAAGAAAACCUUUUGUUGCGUGGAUGUACUGUUAGGAACACAGAAGAGGUUACAGGGAUAGUAAUCUAUGCAGGGCACGAGACCAAAGCUUUGUUAAAUAACAGUGGACCACGUUACAAGCGCAGUAAGCUUGAAAGACAGAUGAAUAUUGAUGUCCUUUGGUGUGUCCUCAUACUUAUAGUCAUGUGUCUAUUUUCAGCCAUCGGUCAUGGCCUAUGGGUGUGGCAAUAUGGUGAGAAGAAACCAGUUUUCGAUGUUCCCGGGCUUGAUGGCAACUAUUUAUCCCCAGUUCUAGCUGCAGUGUAUUUAUUUUUGACAAUGAUAAUAGUUUUUCAGGUUCUGAUUCCGAUUUCUUUGUAUGUAUCCAUUGAAAUAGUUAAAGUAUGCCAAGUAUUCUUCAUUCAUCAAGACAAGGAUUUAUAUGAUGAAGAGACCGACACUCAGCUACAGUGUCGAGCUUUAAACAUCACAGAAGACUUAGGGCAGAUGCAGUAUAUAUUCUCAGACAAGACUGGUACUCUUACUGAAAAUAAGAUGGUUUUCCGAAGAUGCACUGUUUCUGGAAUAGAGUAUUCCCACGAUGCUAAUGCCAGACGUUUAGCCAUGUACCAGGAAGCUGAUUCUGAGGAGGAAGAAACAGCAGCUAAAGGAGGAACAUUAUCCCAGCGGAACAGUGUCAGCAGUCAUCAGAGCAUUAAGGCUGUCCACAGAAGCCUGAGUAUGAAAUCCCACCGACGCACCGGCAGCAGGGCUGAAGCAAAAAGAGCAAGCAUUCUCUCCAAGCACACUGCAUUCAGUAGCCCCAUGGAAAAAGACAUCACUCCGGAUCCUAAUUUGUUAGAAAAAGUAAAUGAAUGUGCAAGAAGUCUUGAGGUUAUGAGAAGCCACGAACAACCAUUAUCCCAGCUCACCCCUGAACUUUCUGACAUCUUUGACUUUUUCAUAGCAUUGACUAUUUGCAAUACAGUUGUUGUUACCUCUCCAGAUCAGCCACGGCAAAAGGUUAGAGUUAGAUUUGAACUGAAGUCACCCGUAAAGACCAUAGAAGACUUCAUUCGAAGAUUCACUCCCAGCCGUCUGACCUCUGGAUCUAACAGCAGCAGUUCAUCAAGCCUGACUACCAGUAAAUCCAUGCCCAGACUCAGUUCUAGUAUCCUUUCAUCUACAUCCACUGAGAGCACUUUAUUAAAACUGGAAGAGCAGUUGGCACACUCUCCGCAGAUGAAUAACAAUGGAUAUAGCUCACAGCAGGGCAGAAGGGCUAUCAGGAGUGGACCUGAAGAAGGAGAACUCCGUUAUGAGGCAGAGAGUCCAGAUGAAGCUGCGCUUGUCUACGCAGCUCGGGCAUAUAACUGUGCUCUGGUUGGAAGGCUGACUGACCAGGUAUCAGUAGAGCUACCUCAUCUGGGAAGGUUAACCUUUGAACUCUUGCACACACUGGGCUUCGAUUCCAUCAGAAAAAGAAUGUCAGUGGUGGUUAGGCAUCCCCUUACAGAUGAAAUAAAUGUUUACACUAAAGGAGCGGAUUCAGUUAUUAUGGAUCUUCUUCUGCCCUGUUCUUCAGAUGACCCUAGAGGCAAACAUCAAAAAAAAAUCCAAAGCAAAACUCAGAAUUACCUUAAUCUGUAUGCUGUAGACGGGCUGCGGACCUUGUGUAUUGCCAAGAGAGUUCUAAGCAAAGAAGAAUAUGCUAACUGGCUAAAAAGUCAUUUAGUAGCGGAAUCGUCUAUUGAAAACCGCGAAGAGCUGCUGUUUCAAUCUGCACUUCGUAUAGAGACAAAUCUGCAUCUACUUGGUGCAACUGGUAUUGAAGACCGUUUACAAGAUGGUGUCCCAGAAACCAUUGCAAACUUACGCAAAGCUGGGCUGCAGCUUUGGGUUCUCACUGGAGACAAGCAAGAAACUGCCAUUAAUAUAGCUUACGCAUGCAAGCUACUAGAUCAUGAUGAGGAAAUCAUCACCUUGAAUGCUGACUCACCGGAGACAAGUGCUGCUUUGCUGGACCACUGUCUGCAGUAUAUAGAGUCUAAGUUUUCAAACAACACAAUAGACGAGACUGCUGGAAAUAUGACAGUUGGGUUUGGCCCUCUCUCUCCACCUUCAUCUUCAGUGCAUUCCAGCUUGGGCCUAGUGAUUGAUGGAAAGACUCUGGCUUAUGCACUGGAUAAAACACUAGGAGACAAAUUUCUUUCACUAGCGAGGAGAUGUCGCUCAGUUCUGUGUUGUCGCUCUACCCCACUGCAAAAAAGCAUGGUAGUAAAACUAGUCAGAGAUAAACUCAAAGCAAUGACCUUGGCAAUAGGUGAUGGAGCUAAUGAUGUCAGUAUGAUCCAGGUGGCAGACGUAGGUGUGGGGAUCUCUGGUCCAGAGGGCAUGCAGGCAGUGAUGGCGAGUGACUUUGCAGUCCCAAGGUUUCGGCAUUUGGAAAAGCUCUUGCUUGUUCACGGGCACUGGUGUUAUUCCCGGAUCGCCAAUAUGGUGCUGUAUUUCUUCUACAAAAAUGCAAUGUUUGUGGCCCUUCUCUUCUGGUACCAGUUCUAUUGUGGGUUCUCUGGCUCUUCAAUGAUUGAUCAGUGGUACCUGAUCUUCUUUAAUUUAUUAUUCUCUUCUCUUCCACAACUGAUCACUGGGGUGCUGGAUAAGGAUAUACCAGCUGAAGUGCUAAUUGGUGUACCUCACCUCUACAAAAGUGGCCAGAAAAUGGAGGAGUACCAACCACACAUGUUUUGGAUGAACAUGAUUGAUGCACUCUAUCAAAGUCUAGUUUGUUUUUUCAUCCCUUUUUUCACUUACUAUGACUCAGAGGUGGAUCUGUUCUCCUGGGGAACCCCCAUCACCACAAUAGCUCUUUUUACCAUCAUAUUACAUCUGGCUAUUGAAACCAAAACUUGGACUUUGCUCCACUGGUCAUCUUGUAUCUUCAGUAUCCUUUUAUUUUUCAUUGUCGCUCUCGUUUAUAAUGUUUCUUGCCCAAUAUGUUAUCCUCCAUCCAAUCCCUACUGGACUAUGGAAAAAUUGAUGGGCGAGCCUGUGUUUUACUUGAUUUGUAUUAUAUCACCAGUAGUUGCAUUACUGCCCAGAUUUCUGUACAGAACCUUUCAGGGGACAGUCUUCCCAACUCAACUUCAGCUUGGACGCCAGUUGAAUAGAUUACCUCCAGAGACUCGCAACCAGAUUCUGAACAGGUUGAAUAUCAAAAAGGAAUCCAUUCUCCAGAAGCCACCCUGUGCAGAACAUUCCCCACAGAAUCCUCAGUCAAAUGCUAGUGAUUGUUUUAAGGCCUGCAACCAAACCCCGCCUUCGCAACCAUCUCAGCAUGGAAAUGACCCAGCUUUCCCAUCAAAUACAAAGGCAGAACACACAGCAGGAUUGAGGGUUACUGCUUCUUCUCCUGGAGCUCUAUUAUGUGGGGGAAAUAAACACUCCUCAGUGGCAAACAGUCAAGAACAAUCCCUGGGAUUUCACGAAAUUAAUUACAACACUUCAGAGAUGGAGUCAAUGUCUGUAGAAGAAAUGUUCCCAUGGAACACAACAAUUGACCAGUCAGGCUUCAGUUUAUUGAACUGGAUCACAUCAACUUCCCUGUUCAGUCGGUUUGGGAGAGUUUUACAACAGUCACCACGUCGUUUACGAAAUGAAGUACAGGACAACGUGUCUGUGCUUGGCUCCAUAUCUUCUUUGCAUCAGGACUUCAAAGGCUUAACAGGGAAGUACUCAAACGACUUCCAGGAACAAAUUAAAGGGACCCCAACUAAUUGCUGUAAAAGUGAAACUCUUGAAACCACCUUCUUAUGACAUGGGCUUGAGUACAUUUAUAUAUUUUCUAUUUGCACAAAUGUAUAGUGAAAUUACUCUAAUUGUUUCCAGAGAUGAAACAGGUAAUCAAAAAAAUUAUUUAAAAAAUGUUUAAGUGCUAUAUAUUGAAAUAAGAGCUUUAAAUAUAAAGAAGAAAAUACACUUGAAUUUUCCAGUUCUCUCUUUAUUUUUUUCAUCUCAUUUUAUAAGAAAAUGCAGGGUUGUUUCUUUUUCAGUUGCUUCUCUUUCAUUCUGGCAAGUAUUGCAAGCAAUGGACCUACCUACUUUGUCCAAAUGGUCUGGAUUUCAGGAGAAAUUAUAGACAUGAUUAUAGUUGGGUUAGCAAUCAUGGAGGGGGAAAACAUGAUGGUAGCACUAUAUCCCAGCAGUUUGGAUAAUUUGUCAUCUGAUUUAAAAUAAAAAAAUCUCUGUGAGGUCUGACAAUCAAGUUUUUAAGGGGAAAACUGCUGGGCAGGUCUCUGAAAAUAUCCUACCUCUUUGUAAAUAUUAACAGUAUCUCACUACUGUAUAAAUACAUCUUAUAAAUGUCACCAUAUUUUGGUAUCGCCUCAGUAGCAUUUUAUUUCUCAUGAUAAAACAAUAAAUAAAUGACCAUCCAUAAUACAAAGUGGUUGCCCAGCCUGACAUUAAUAAGAGUUCAGUCCGUCACUUGCAGUCAGUAAAAAUAGUUUGCAUUUGGCAGGUCAGUCCAUUCCUUUUUAAAAGAAAAACUGCUUUGCUUUGUAAAGAGGUGUUAUGGGGGAAAGUGACUGUAUGCUGUAUGUGCAGUAUGGUAUAAGUCAGUGGGAAUUGAGAGCACACUCAGCAUUGAAAUGCCACAGGACUUGUUGAAGAAUGUAGGUCCAGUUUGAUAAAGAAUACAUGGAGAGCCCUUUGUUAUAGAUUACAACCUCUUUCACUUCUAGUUCAGUGACUUGAAGCCCAAGUCAUUAGUGACCAUCUUUACCUUGGGAGGCUGUUUUGGGUUUGUGUACAUAAUCACAUAGCGUGUGCCAUCUCCACACACGAACUAACACAGGAUAUAGUUGUCACUUAUUGUCUUUGCAGCCUGAGUUUUCAGAACAUCCCAUUUUUGUUUACUAUUGGUUGUGUAAGCUCAGAACUUGCACACCUCGUUCUCUGUCUGUUGACAGGAAAUCCCCAGCCAUAUUGGCUCCCAUGGAGUCCCUCAAUCUUAAGCCCCAAUAUUUGCCAUACAUUGGUUUCUAAGUCUCUCUGGGUAUUUUUAAAAGGGUUUCCAUGUUGGCCUCUUCCCACGAACACAGACAGAAUUGGUCAUAUCAGAAUGUGAAACUUGAACAAAGGGAAGAAGUAAAAGCAAUAUAAAUAAAGGGUUACUAUCAGCCUUCAUUUGUGUUGCCCUGAUAAAAUGUGACACACAAUUAUACAGCCAAACUACAUUUUGGAAUGAGAAUAUUUCUAUCUUCAUUAUGAAGUAAAUAUUGAAUGUGCUAAAUGUAUCCACACGUCUCACAUAUUCUAGCUUUUCAUUAAACAUGAGGUUGACUUGGGGAAGGACUUAUGACUUAAGCAGGGCUUUAUCAUUUUUUCCUCACCUCGAAAAAGAAUGUGUUAGGUCUAAAACAGAGGAAAUCUCUCUUUUUAAUAGACUCUUGGUGGCUGAAAGUGUUGUAAUGCUUCUACAUUCUGUAUGGUUACCUUAGGAAUCAGGCAGUAGAUUUCUACACAUGCUCAGAUCACGAAAUGCAGCCCAUAGAAUCCUGUUGAGAGGAUUCAUUUGUCCACUUGACCUUGCAGACAUUUAACAUAGACUAUGCAGCAUUUGCCAGCCCAAAGAACUCUCCUAGGUGGAGCUACAAUCUCUUUUUUAAUGGCAAAGGAAGUAAUGGCUCAACUUUUUAAAGCAAUAACAGUGUGAAAAUAUUUCCAUCUGGUAGAAACAUUUCCUCGCUUGUAAAACAGGAUGUCAGGGUGAAAUCCACUCCACCCACAUAAAGCCAGACACCAAGUGGGUGGAGUUCGGAAAAGCUGGGACCAUCACAUCCACUCCCUGGCCCAACAAUAUCUGUGACCAGGGCAGGAGGCUGCUGUGUAUGGCCCUUGUGGCUGCUAUUGCAGCACAGCUCCAGAUGCCCCAAGGCAGGAUCCAUGGAAAUGCAGAUCCUGUGGCCCUUCCGCUUCUCUCCCUAUCGUUGUUACUGCAUUGUAAUAGCAUUUAGAGGCACCAACCGAAACUGGAGCCCUAUUGUGCUAGGCACUGUAGAAACAGAUACUGGCGACCUGUACAUUGAUUUUAAAUAACUAGAUAUAAGUACAGUAAUAUUAACAAAAAACUCUAACAUCUUAGUGCCUCAAUUUCAGAUGUUAUAUUUCUGGCAAAUAUUUACUAUGAGGCAAAACCUGGCAUACAAAAUCUUGAAAUGGAAGCAAAAUUGUACACCAGUAUUAUUUACUUGGUUCAGCUGUAUUUAACUUGUAUUUAUGUGCCAAGAUCAUAAUGCCUCUAUUUUUGAUGCAGAUGUAAAACCAAGACCCUGGCCACUGGUGACUAUUGAUGGACCUCUGGUCCUUUUCACAAGUUCAGAGGUGAUAUGGUUGAUCUGCGAACCCUGGCCCAAUUCGGAUUACAUUCCACAUCGAUUUAAGGGCUUUGUUCAGGAAAAUAGCUGAUUCCUGAUGGCUGCUAGGGAAUGAAAGCUCCUCAGGCCUCCCUAGUUACGCAGCUCCCAAGGCUUCAAGGGGCAACUUUCCCAUCCACCUAAUAUAACAUUAUGAGUUGGAUGGUGAGAAGGCUCAACAUCUUACAGGAUUGGGUUUUACAUGACCACUCAAGAUGGCCUUCUUUCCACAACUGAUGUCCCAGACUCCACUCACUCGGUUAUGAUGUUGUGCCACUUUGUCACUUCCUGUCCGAAGCAGCUGUGUCGUGCUUCACUAAGCUCACUCCAUUCUCGCACUGUCUGAAUUUUGGUUGUGGGUUAAGUGAUCAUUAUCAACAGACAGAUAGUCUGUGUGAAACGUUUUGAGAUCUUUAUUGAUGAAAGGUGCUAUAUCAAAAUAUUUUGUACUUACUGGUAUAUUGUUUAUAUUGCAAUACGUGGAUAUGUUAAAGUAUGGUUAAAAUAAAUUCCAUCAAACCUG